GUCCAAGAAUCAUUUUGCGUGGGUGUUGAAUUGCAUAGGAGUGGCUUGUAAUUGACAAAAAAUUGAAAAAAAAAUCAUGGAUCUUCAUCCAGUUUUGCUAGCUGGAGGACAGGCCUCUGGUCUAUAUCCACUAAACGAGGCGUAUCCUAAAGCAUUGCUACCAGUAGGAAACAAGCCACUACUCUAUUACCCGCUGAGACUACUGGAGAAAAAUAAUUUUAAAGAGGUGACUGUGAUCGUUAACUCGCGUGAUCUCAAAUCAAUCAAGCAAUCACUGGACGAGUAUCCCAGACUGGCUAGCAGUGAUAUUGAGUUCAACACUUUUGAGGUUCAUGAUUCUGAUGAGACUGGAUCAGCCGUGGCACUGUCAGCACUAAAGGCAUCAGGAAGAAUUAAAUCUGAUCUGUUAGUAUUAAGUUGUGAUGUGUUGUCAACAGUAUCGUUGAUCCAGUUAUGGGAGAAACACGUAACACUGAGAUCAGCAGUGAGUCUCCUACUAGUGAAACCACUGCCUUCUAAUAAUAGCGAUGAGAGGCAAAAGACAUCAACACCUGCUUUUGGUAAGAGAGAGAGAGAGAGAAAAGAAUACUAUAGUUACAUCAUGUAGAAGUUUGAUUUCUGAGUAUGUAUGCCCAUGGUUUUUUCUGA